ACCGCAAGAGGGAUUAUAGAAGCGUGAGAUUUUUAUAAGGGGGUGGUGCGGCAUGCAACGUAAACAAUCAUUCAACGUGAAUCAAAACACAGACACGCGGUAGACGGAAUAGGGGAAAUGCUGAAAAACUGAAACUAUAAUUUGGUUGAUCUUUUCGAAUUCAUGUCACAGAUCUUAGGCAUUAGCCGAAAUUGGUGUAGAUAUUAUGCUAUAUCUGAAUAAUUUGUUCAAGUUUUCAGUUGUUGAAUUAGGAGGAACGAACUAUGAGAGGCAAGACGAAAUCUUUCGACGGUUCGGCAGUUUUGUCGCUGGCUUCAAAGUCUACGGGGAACAUAUUGAUCAUUGGUGAAAAACUCAGGAAUGAAUGGAGAGCAUCACUUAUACAAGAUAGACGAUACAGACUUAGACAUUACCAAAAAUGUUUUAUUGGUAAAGAUGUCAUUGACUGGAUUGUACUACACAAGGGCAUCGAGGAAAGAGGGAAGGCCGUUGAACUCAUGAACGUCCUGCAUAAAUACAAUGUCAUUCAUCAUGUGUGUGAUGAUCACCUAUUCAAGGAUGAUAUGCUUUUCUAUCGGUUCCGAGUCGAUGAUAAAACGUUCAGAGAUAGUCGAGAAUCAAGGACCAUCAUCAAUGGUACAACAAUAUUCCACAGAGUCACAAGUGAAACUUCUUCAAAUCCAUUGCUGAAACCACAUACAGAGUUUGGACACAAGUAUCCGGAUAGUUUCUAUGGUGCAGAACUGGUAUCCUGGUUGUUACGUAUUAACAUGUGCAAUUCAAGAGAUGCGGCUACAGGACUUGGUAAAGAUCUACUAGAAGCGGAUAUCAUCAGACAUGUAACAAUGGACCAUCACUUCAAAGACGAACGACUCCUCUAUCACUUCAAUCCAGUCAUGUCUGAUUUGAGCUUGACUGAUCUCACGACGUUAGACCAAGAAGCAACGAUGAUGGCAUCGGGAGAAGCGGCUGUGAUGCCAUCAUUGACAAUACCAAGAGAACCUCAAAGGAUACAUUCAAACUCAUCUUCUUCAGACACAUCUCUCGAAAGGGCAUCACUUUCGGGUUCAAAGCCAGACCUAGGAGGCCAGGAUCAGAACCAGAACCAUCUAGGAGAAUCUUCUAAAGACUUGGACUCCCCAAACAUCCCUACAGAACCAAUCUGCACCAGAAGAUGGGGAUCGUUUACGGCAAACGAACUCCGGCAUCCUGAGAGUCCAUUCACCAAACGGCACAUCAAGAUUGUAGGAGAUUCCGUUGGCUUUGGUCUUGUGAUACGAGGAGGCGGUCCAACCUACGUACAGACAGUAGACCCUGAAGGUCCAGCUGCAGCAGCAGGCUUAAAGGUUAAGGAAUACCUUGCUGCUGUGAACGGCACCGAUGUCCUUGAAAUGAAUCAUACAGACGUUGCCAAGCUCAUCCUUGCCAAUCCCUACGAACUCUCUCUCGAUCUUAUGAUAUUAAAUGAUGGAAUCAUGGGAACUUAGGUCCGUACAGGGCAUGACAGAAGUCACAUGGUGGUGGUUGAGUAUUCAUUUUAUAAUCAUUAUCACCGAUAUCUGCAGGGCAUCGUUGGUUUAAGCUUGGUUUCAAAGGGUACUAAAUCCAGUGAGUGAUAGCUAACUGUUCAGUUCGGGACCAGACCCAUACACAAGGUUGAACCUGAAUUUCAACCCCUAGGGGUACAUUGUCUUCUCCUGCAGAUUCUCUGUACACAUGUCCUGAUAGUGUUGUGUCACCAAAUGUCCCACACUGGCUCGAAUCAUUGUGGAGCAGUCAUUUAGAUGGCAGCUAUAAUUUUCAGGAGACACUUUUGCAAUAUUUCUUCAUCUGAACUCUAGAAAUUACACAUGGAAUAUGAUUUGAAAUAGAAAAAUUAAGCCCCCUCCCCCCCCCAAAAAAAAAAAUGGAACCAUUUCCGGUGCAGUACAUUUCCCAUUUCUGUAUAAAGGUCUAUCUAAUCAUUACACUCACUAAAUUGGCAAUGUGAUGAAAACAACAAAAUCACUGUUCAAAAUGCAAAUUGGCAACUUUUCGUUGAAGUCUCCUUUUAUCAUUGAUUUCAACAUGUUUGAUGUCCUUGCUGAUUUUUCUUUCCAAGUAUGAGAAUAACUUGAAAAUUAAUAAUAGUUGCCAAUUUGUGGAUGAAAAAAUGGGCUAACCUUUAUAUUAGGAAAGCUGUGUAGCUAUGCAAGUUCUUAUAUCAAUUUGUGGUAGCUGCCUCAAGAAAAUAAGGCAAACAACUGCUUUAUUCUCUGUAAAAUAAGAAAACUAAAGUCGUACCUUUUGGAGCAGGGCUAGUUAUAUGUGUGUUUAUUUUCAAGUAUACCUCAAUUUUGGUACUCUUAAUACUAUAUAAGGUUAUAAUGUACAUAUGUCAGGGAUGAUUCAUGUAUAGUUGCAAUUAUGUAUAUUAAUGAAUAUACAUGUAAGUGGCAUUAUUAUGAGUUUAAUAUGGUAAUGUGUGUUUAUGAAUUUUCGUAUCAUAAAAAUUACACAACCCCAAAAAAUUUAAAGCCUUGUCCAAAAAGCAAAAAUAUUUGGUUAUGCAUCAUCAAUUUUCUUGCAGAGACGGGACGCAUCUUUUAGAAAAAUUUGUGGAGUAUUCAAAUUUUUGAAAUGUUGAGUGCCAAAUAGUUUUUGCCAGAAGAUGUGAGUCAAACUCAUUACAUUUUUUUCUAGAAUCUGUUGCACACUGAAUGAAUCAUACUUACAUUUACUUCAUUGAGUUACUUCAUUUUACUUUGUACAAUGUAUCCGGCAUGUCAUUACUGAUGGAAGUGGAAGUAAACGAAAUGAAACGUUAAUAAAUGAAAUGGCAUGGAGUGACAUUGAGAUGUCAAACUAUUGCACAGCA